AUGAGCUCAACAUCCACGACUUCAUCAAGCUCAUCAACGACAUCAUACAUUCCAUUAACGACAUACAAGAGCGUAGCGAACGGAGUGACGGUAACGGUUACGAAGGGGAUUGAGUCGGUACCGACCGGGACGAAUGUUGGAAAGGGAAGCAGCAGCAGCGACACGUCGGACUCGAGUUCGGGUGAUGGACCUGGUCACACCGCCCUGGCGGCUGGUCUCGUCGGAGGAAUCGCAAUCGUUCUGGCUAUCCUGGCGUUCCUUUGCUACCGCAAGAGGAAACAGAAGCAGCAGCGUGAGGCCGGUGCCGGGCCGGGUGGAAAGUUCGCGGCCUUGUCCAGCGCGACAAGCCUUACGACCAUGAGCUCGCCGCCUCAAAACAAUGCAACUGCUGCAGCAACGACUCAGUACCACAACGUCAACGAUCAACGACCCGGUACCGCCGGCACAAUGCAGAUUGCCGCCACUCCGGGAUGGCAUCAACACGAACACCAACAACAAUACCAACAAGGAAACCUUAGCCCGCAACACUGGCAACAGCAAAACACACACGGCCAAGGUUCAGGAUCAUGGCCAUCGCCCGUAUCGAAUGGAGCAACAGGCACUUGGGGAGGACACGGAGUGUCACCCGUCUCUCAAUAUCCUCCUGGCACAUCCCAUGGAUCAUCACCGUCAAUGCAGAACGGAACCUGGAACGGCCAAUCUUCGACCGCGAGAGACCUCACCUGGAAUGCCCAAGCCCAGAACAACACCUGGAACCCCCAAACAUCACCACCAAACGGAACAUGGAACGCUCAAGCCAUGCCUGUUCCUGUUCCCGCCCCUAUGCCCCAUCCCUCCAACUCAGCAACAUCUCCCGUCUUCGAACUUCCAGGAGACAACAUGCAAGCCGUUGAGGCAGACUCUACACCGAUCGGCCCUGCCCAGCCGGCACCAACACAGCAACACCACAAUCAUUACCAACACUACGCACAACCAUCAUCAUCAAUACAAAAUACGCCGCAAAUGGCAACCGCACAUCCAGCACAACCUGCACCUGCGCAUCACGGUAUGAACAGGCAGGUGGACGAUGCACUGCAAAUAUCACAAGUAGAAUUACCGCCGCCACGGUACACGGGACCAUCAAGCCCAGAUUGGGUCAGCGAGGACAAGAAGUUCGGAUGA